GAUGCGGGUUGAGGCAUACCCAAAGAGCGCACUCGAGCACCUCCCCCAAAUCUUCUGAUUACAAGUGCUAUAUGUUUACACAUUACGCGCGCAUAAAGGCAACAGAAGAGGAGAGCCGCUUCAGUAUAAAGUAGAAAAAAGGGAUGGAUCACAGACCGGCGGAUUUCGCACUUUGUGGACGCGCUAAGGCAGCCUUGUAGUGCAUCGCAUCUUGGAAUAUACUUUCAAUCAAAUCUCACUCUUUUAGAUCAAACAAGUCCCUGGUGCACCAAAACUGUUAACUAUAAUCAUGUUUUUGUUGCUAAGGUCAGUUUUUCUUGUUAAUGUGUUCUAUGUUCAAUGGAAAACUGUUGGUUCAAUGCAGAGUCAGCUGUGCGUACCCGUCAGACUGGAUCACCAGAGAUUUGCCAAGAACAGUUUAGUCGAUGUUGAAGAGAACGUGUUACCACAAAGUGUUGUAUUUCAAAUAAGUGCAUUUGAACAAGAUUUUGUGCUCGAAUUGCAGUCUGACUCCAGCUUCAUUGCCCCUGGCUUCUCGGUACACACAGACGCAAGUACUCAAAAUUUAGCUCAGAGCGCAGAUUUGAGCCGGUGUUUCUAUGCCGGCGAGGUGAAUUCUGACCCCUUGUCCUAUGCAGCGCUGAGUUUAUGCAAAGGCUUGCAGGGCGCUUUCGGCUAUGAUGGCUGGGAAUAUUUCCUCAAACCGGCUUUCAACGACACCACCUCAGCAACCGAUUGGGACAUUUUGGAUUCACAUCUUAUCAGACGCCGGUCUAACGCUAAUGAGAGUGGAAACUCCACGUCACGGUGCGGCGUGGACAGCGGCGUGGCCCACAACGUUGCACAGUCUUUGGCCAAAUUUAAACACCUGAAGGACCAGCGCAUUAGAAAUAUGACUAUGUCAGUCCUGAAAAAUCGCUCGAAAAGGUUUGUCUCCAUUCCGCGUUAUGUAGAGACAUUAGUGGUGGUCGAUGAGUCUAUGGCUAAAUUCCAUGGUGACGACCUGAAGCAUUACGUGCUGACCUUAAUGUCGGUGGCAGCUAAGCUUUACAAACACCCCACCAUUCUCAACUCUAUCAACAUCGUGGUUGUCAAGUUUAUGGUGAUUAACGAUGAAGAGAAAGGACCCAAAGUUUCAGGGAACGCAGCGAUGACCCUGCGUAAUUUCUGCACCUGGCAAAAGAAGCUGAAUAAAAACAAUGACAAGCAUCCGGAGUAUUGGGAUACGGCCAUCCUAUUCACAAAAGAGGACCUAUGUGGAUCUUCAACUUGCGACACACUGGGUAUGGCAGAUGUAGGCACUAUGUGUGAUCCCAAAAGAAGCUGCUCUGUGAUUGAAGAUGAUGGGUUGCCAUCUGCCUUCACUACUGCCCAUGAGCUUGGACACGUCUUCAAUAUGCCACAUGAUAAUGUUAAGGCAUGUGAGGAGGUGUUUGGUAAGCUGCAGGACAAUCACAUGAUGUCUCCCACUUUGAUCCGUAUCAAUCGCACCAGUCCCUGGUCCCAGUGCAGUGCUGCUAUUAUCACUGAUUACCUGGACAGUGGACAUGGUGAUUGUCUCUUGGACCAACCCCAGAAACCUUUAACUCUGCCAGAAGUGCUCCCUGGUGCAUCAUAUGGUUUAGAGCGGCAGUGUGAGCUUGCCUUCGGUGCUGGUUCAAAGCCAUGCCCGUUCAUGCAGGCACCAUGUCAGCGGUUAUGGUGCACAGGGAAGACUCGUGGGCAACUAGUGUGCCAGACAAGACACUUUCCGUGGGCAGAUGGAACCAGCUGUGGUGAUGGACAACUCUGCAUGCGGGGCAUCUGUGUAGAGAAACAGGGGAUCACCAAAACUAAGGUGGAUGGCAGAUGGGGUAAAUGGGGACCAUUUGGAAUAUGCUCCAGAACUUGUGGAGGUGGAGUGCAGCUGUCUAAAAGAGAGUGUGACAACCCUGUGCCAGUUAACGCAGGCAAAUACUGCCAAGGAGUGAGGGUCAAAUACCGUUCCUGCAACCUCACCCCAUGCCUCGACACAGAAAAGAGCUAUCGUGAGGAACAGUGUGAAGCUUACAAUGGGUUUAGUCUGAACACUAACCGACUUACCCCCUCUGUGGUGUGGGUACCCAAAUAUUCUGGUGUUUCUGCCAAAGAUAUGUGCAAGCUGAUUUGCAGGGCAAAUGGAACCGGCUACUUCUACGUUCUUGCCCCAAAGGUUGUUGAUGGAACACCAUGUUCUCCUGACUCCUCAUCAGUAUGUGUCCAAGGCAAAUGCAUCAAGGCAGGUUGUGAUGGAAAACUGGGCUCCAACAAAAAGUUUGACAGGUGUGGUGCCUGUGGAGGAGAUAACAAGAAUUGCAAGAAGGUCUCAGGCCUUUUCACCAAGCCCAUACAUGGUUACAAUUUUGUGGUCAUGCUUCCCGUUGGAGCCUCUAACAUCGACAUCAGGCAGCGUGGCUACAAGGGCAUUUUGAGUGAUGACAACUAUCUUGCUGUCAAGAACAGCCAGGGCAAGUACCUGCUAAAUGGAAACUAUGUGGUGUCUGCCAUGGAGAAGGAUAUUCUGGUGAAAGGCAGCUUGCUUCGCUACAGUGGAACUGUCGGUUCCUCUGAGACUUUGCAGGCUGUGAAGCCUCUUGGUGAGGCUUUGAUAAUUGAAGUGUUGUCUGUUGGCCAAAUGACACCUCCACGUAUCCGCUAUUCCUUCUACUUACCACGGGAGAGCAAAGAUAUUAAGGUGCAAAUGAAGGAGGAAAGGGCACAUGCUGCAAAUAGUGUUCUGAGGGAGAAGGGAGGAAUCAAUAAAGGUGGAAAAAAGGCAGGUCUUCUCAAGGAUAACAUCCCACCAUCUUAUGUCAAAGAUAGCCUACCAAAACCAGGGAAGUGGGUGGCAGCAGGAUGGGACGUGUGCUCAGUUACCUGCGGUAAUGGACUCCAGAGGAGGAUGGUGCAGUGUCUUGUUGGAGAUGGUGGGCCUGGGGUGGAAUGUGACCCUGCCCAUAAGCCCAGUGCUAUUCAGGUAUGUGGAGACCCUUGCCCCAUGUGGGAAGUGGGCGACUGGUCACCCUGCUCCAAAACAUGUGGGAAGGGAUUCAAACGGCGCCUGCUUCGCUGUGCUACGAAUACGGGAAAGCUGCUUUCCAGGGAGCAUUGUGUAGGCAAGAAGAAGCCACAGGAGCUGGACUUCUGUUCACUAACUCCUUGUAAAUAAUGCUUACCUCCCUUUCCUCCCAUCAUUAUUUCCUUACAUGGACCAUCCAUUUUGUCAAAUUAGAUAGUCAGAGAAAACAGAGAAAAGAACAAACAAAAAAGACUAUGUUCUGUUUACAGUUUUUUUGUUGUCUCCUCUGCCUGAAAAUUGGAAAGAUUAAAUGAACAUCCAUCAGAAAAUGAUGAGACAGACGACUGAGGUCAUGUGAUAAACAGGCUUGAACACAAACGCAAAAGAAUUCUACCUCUAGUUAAAACCAAAUUGUUCAAUAAUAUAUCAUCCAUAAAUCAUCCAGAUGAGACCAAAUUCAUAUCAUGUAUGGCAUUUCUAGAAAGUGUAACAUUGCUAAGGACAAAACAACAUAAAAAUGCACAAUGUGAGGUUGCCAUCUUUUGCUGUUCACAACUAUUAAGCCUGGGCUGACCAAGUCCAUUGCUUUUAAAAGAACAGUUCACCCACAAACAAAAAUUCUGUCAUUAUUUACUCACACAUAUGUCAGUCCAACAUGUAGGACUUUUUCUUUUGUGGAACAAAAAGGUGAAUUAAAAGAAAUGUCUUCACAGGUUUUAUUUACCAUAAUGACAGUGAAUCGUGACUCUGGUUUGAAAAAAGACAACAAAUAAAUAAAUAAAAAAACACCAUAAUAUCACCAUUAAUAUAAUUGAAAUGAAUCAUGCAAUAUAUAACAAGUCUUCUGAAGCGAUUCAACCACCUUCUGGCAUGAACAAAGUAUUGACCGUUAUAUCGCUAAGGCCAGUAAAUCAGCUGAUAUUUGGUAUUUUUACAUUAUCGGCAUUCGUCAACAAAUUUUCCCGUUUGACCGAUUCGUUUCUUAAGAUACGAUGGUACCACGAAUCGCCUGCUUGCAAAUGAAGGAGCUGCUUGAGACAUGUAAAUGACCAAUCACAGUUUGUUUUUUUGUUACCACAAUAAUAGACCGGUGUGCAAUACAAUCUCAUUUAAACAGACACGCAUAUAUAAAAAGAAACCAGGAAAAACUGCUAUAUACCAUCUAAAACACACAAAAUCUUUAUUUUUUUAUUUUUACAAAGUUUGAGUAAAUGUAAUUCUAAAUAAAAGUUAAUUUAUUUUUUACACAAUUUAUGUCAUUUACUAUUAUAUUAAAUUGUGUGAUAUAAUGGCAUUAUAUCGACCUCUCAACCACCCUGCUCUCUGGAUAUCUGCAUUGGCAUUGGCCAUUAAAAAACCCAUAUCAGUCGACCCUCUAGAACAGAAUGAAAUUUAAGUUACUUUCAAAUCAAAUCUCAUAACCAAACAUCUGACAUGACAUCAUGAUGUUUGGUCACAAAACUCAAUUAACACCAAUGAGGUUUGAUGUUUCAUUGAGGUUUGAUUUUUUUUUACAUAGCUGCCAUAUUUGCUUUCUAAAUGCUUUACUAAUAUGAUUUGAUUUGAAAGUGAAUAAUGACAAAUUUUGUUCUGUUCAUAGCACAAAUAUAGUGCAUUAGUCAAUUUUUUUUUAUUCAAUUUUUUUUUUUAGCUUGAGAGACCAGAGUCACUAUUCACUGUCGUUAUGGCAAAUAAAACCUGUAAAGACUAAAAAUUCACCUUUUGUCUUCCACAGAAGAAAGAAAUUCAUGCCUGUUUGGAGCGUAAAGAAUUAGUCAAAUUAUGACAUAUGUUCAUUUUUAGGUAAACUAUUCCCUUAACUAAGUGGUUCCCAACUCUGUUCCUGGAAG